ACUUGAAGUAUCGCCAAUCAUUUACUUACACUCAACAAUCAGUCGCAUGCAAAACGUUUCACAUAGCAGUGACUAAUUCGAUCGAUCUGUUUCAAUGGUUAGAACAACACGUGCGACUAAAGAAUAAAAAUCAGUUUAUGGUUUUUACGUAAAUGAGUAGCAGAAUUACUGGUGGUUGACAGUGUUUUAGCAUUUGGAUUUGGCUGUUGCUAGCAAUCAGCGAAAAAACUUGCCUCACUUGCAGUGGAAAAUAAUCAAAAUGGCAGCUCACUGUGACUUUAUUGCAGGUGUAUUUGCUGGUGCAUGCAAUAUGUUCAUCUCUCAUCCGCUGGAUACGGUGAAGACGAACAUGCAGUCAGGGAACAUGGGAUUCUUCAAAGCGACCAAAUCACUGUUCAAAACCGAAGGAGCAAAAUCCUACUAUCGUGGCCUUUUAUUUCCAUUGUGUUCGACGGGUUUUUUGAAUUCUAUUGUCUUUGGCGUGUACGGUAACUCAUUCAGAAUAUUUCAAACCAUGACGCCGAGUGCCGAAUUAAAACAAAAGUAUUGGUUUGAACAUGUAUUCUUGGCUGGAUGUACGGCCGGAGUAAUUAAAUCAGUGUUUGCAUGCCCAAUCGAACUGUCAAAAGUUCGAUUGCAGGUUAAAGUAAAUAAUGAAACGGGACCGUUGAUGGUAUUUCGACUGAUUCAACGAACCGAAGGAUUUCAAGGCAUUUUUCGUGGCAUGGAAGCAAUGCUGUGGCGAGAUGCAAUUCCAUACGGAAUCUUCAUGUUUGUAUACGAGUACAUGAUCGAGAAAAUGCGAUCGCCGUCAAUUCAACGGCCAUACCAUUACAAAGAGCAAUCGGUGGAACCAUUGCGAACAGCGGUGGCUGGUGCAAUGGCCGGUAUGAUAUCAUGGCUACCCAGUAUCCCGUUUGACGUGAUCAAAACCAGAAUGAUGACAGCCACCGAUCCAAAUCAAUACAGAAAUGUAUGGCAUUGCUUCCGAGAAAUAACCAAAGAGAAUGGAUACAGGUAUCUAUUCCGUGGUGGUACAGUGUUGGUGUUACGUUCGGCUCCAGUCAGUGCAGUAUCAUUCAUUGCAUACGAGAAAAUGUUACGCCAUUGCCAAAGUCAUCACCAAUUCUCAUGAUAGAUCAUCAUUCAUCGCAGCCAAAUUCUAUACCAAUCAAAUCAGAUAGUAUUUUGAAAGAGAAAAACAGACAGAAAUGUUUUAAGUAGGCAGCAAAUGCAACAAAUUUGUACAAAGUACCAAUUAAUUUAUUAUAUUCUAAUUUUAUUUAAUUUGUUCUUAUUUGCGAACAAACUGACCACACUUG